AGGUCAAAGUUGAGGUCACACCCUUCCUCCACAUUCGAUAUUCAUGCUCUAGCAGUCUCAGAGUAGAGUCUCUGAGUUCGAGUACGAGUACAGUCUAAUGCACAAGCACUAGAUCAAUCAAGAAUUAAAGUAUGGAAGCUGUAGCUGAUUCUUUGAGAAAAGAAGAACUCUCUCGUUUUCCUGAGCCUGUGAUUUGGAAGUUUGGCUAUGGCACUGCUGGAUUUAGAGACAAGGCCGAUCGACUGGACAGAGUUGUAUUUCGGAUGGGAAUUCUUGCUGGCCUGAGGUCAAAGUGCACUGGGGCUACCAUCGGUGUAGUUGUCACUGCAUCACAUAAUCCAGUUGAGGACAAUGGCGUGAAGGUUGUGGACCCUCUUGGGGAGAUGCUUGCAAGGGAGUGGGAAAUAUUUGCUAAUCAAAUGGCUAAUGCAAGCCCUGAUGAACUUGGAUCGGUCAUUGCUGAGAUUGCACGGACUACUGGACUGGACAUCACCUCCACUGGUCAAGUUGCAUGUGCUAGGGACACUAGACCAAGUGGUAAACGUCUCUUGAAGCAUCUGCUGAAGGGGGUAGAGCUUACUGGGGUCGAUGGAAGAGACUAUGGUCUCCUCACUACGCCACAGCUGCACUACAUGGUGCGCUGCAUCAACACAAAUGAAGCAUUUGGAGUUCCAACAGAAGAUGGGUACUACCAGAAGCUAGCCAUGUCUUUCAAGGAUCUCUUACCCAAGGUUCUGCCUUCCACUGCCCCCAGAGUCAGGCUGGAUGGUGCCAAUGGUGUGGGAGCUGACAAAGCGAGGAAGUUGGUACAGGUUAUUCAAGCUACUGCCGGGAACAUAAUUGAUAUUGAGGUGUUUAAUGAUGGCACUUCCGGCACUCUAAAUGAAAACUGUGGAGCUGACUAUGUGAAGACUCAGCAGAAGGCACCGAUGGGGAUGGAGGUUAACCAGGGAGAGAGGUGUGUCUCAUUUGAUGGAGAUGCAGACAGAAUUGUUUUCUUUUAUAUGGAUUCAGUUCAAAAAUUCCAUUUACUUGAUGGUGACAAGAUAGCAACGUUGGCAGCUGUUUUUAUCUAUGAACGCUUGAGGAUGUUGAAGACAGAUCUUUCACUUGGUGUUGUGCAGACGGCUUAUGCCAAUGGAAGUGCUACAAACUAUCUCAACCAAAGUAACAUCCCUGUGGUGUGUGCUCUAACUGGAGUGAAGCAUCUCCACCACAAAGCAGUGGAAUAUGACAUAGGAGUGUACUUUGAGGCGAACGGUCAUGGCACGGUUGUAUUCAGUGACCAAGCUUUGGAGACAUUCACAAAAGCUGCUGAGGAUGGCCGAUUGAGUGAGGAAGAGAAGGAGGCAGGGAGGCAAUUGCUGGCUCUCUCUAGGCUUAUCAACCAGACAGUGGGAGACUCAUUAUCAGACAUGCUGCUGGUAGAGAUCAUAUUGAUGCAUAAAGGGUGGGGCUGCUCGGAAUGGAAUGUCAUGUACACAGACCUACCUAACAGGCAACUCAAGGUGCAGGUCAAAGAUCGUAUGGUAGUCAAGACAACUGACUUUGACAGGAAGUGCACUUCACCUGAGGGCCUUCAAGAGCAAAUUGAUGCACUGGUUUUCCAGGAAACGGGAGGAAGAUCAUUUGUCAGACCGUCUGGGACAGAAGAUGUGGUGAGAGUGUAUGCUGAAGCAGAAAAAAGGGCUGCUGCUGACAAAUUGGCUGUGGAAGUUGCACAACAGGUGUACAAGUUGGCUGGAGGUAUUGGAGGUGUUCCUUGUCUAUAGGCAAUCAUGUUAGAGACUGAUAAUUAUGCUUUAAUGUCUCAUUUUUGCAAGUUUUUAACAGGAGACAUGCGUUAAUCUGUUAAUUGUUGAAUUUGCCAUC